CAUGAUGAUACAUGGUGACGCUAAAGAAUAUUCUACGUUUAACAAAGACUCUAAUAAGAAACUACUCAAAGUGGAUUUAUGUAAGAAGGUUGAAUUGGGCAAAUCGGCUAGGCGUGGAUAUUCUAACUUGCCUGAUUCCGAUUUUACCUAUGGUAUAAAGAAUAACAAAAGGGAUGGAGGAGCGGUAGCAGCGUUAAAUUGGUUAAGUCAAAGAAAUAUAGAAAAUUCCCACCACUUCAAACAAUUAUCAAUGCUUAGAGAAAAGGAUUAUCAUAGAUUAAAUGUUAUGGCUCUAAAAGCAGGAAUAACAGAUGUCAGAGGUCAAACCCUCUUCCGAUCAAGUAAUGAUUAUAGAUUACCAGUCAAUAAGCGGAAAAAAACAAUAGUCAAGUUUGAACCUAAACCGGAAAUACCAGAUAUAGUUUUCGGAAUUCCUGUUCGUCCAUCAACACCGAUCAAAGAAGUUAUCAGUCAUCAAUUUCAAGAUGAAUGGAUUAAGGAAAGAUCUCGGGAAAGAGAACGCAGAAUUCAAGCGAUCAAAGAAGCGAAAGAAAAUAUGCUAAACAUCAAAGAGACUAAAACUACGAUUUUAAGAAAGACCGAAAGAGAAACGCCGAAAGGAUUAUGGAAGAUAAAGAAAUUCGAAAGGAAUGCCAAAAGUUAUUUAGAUACUUUUAGAUCUAAAGAGGCACGUAUGUUAGCUUUUCCUCAACAUUUGAAGGAAAAGUCGAUUACGGAACAACUUCCGCAAAGAUGUAUAACAAGUUCUGCUUCGGACACGUCCAGGUGUGUAUGA